AUGGCAGGAAAACGAAAAGCGUCGGGUGCCGACUCGGCCCCUCCCAGUUCCAAGAAACCCAAACAGGCACGCGGCAAAGGCAAGAAGGUGGAAGAGCCCACUGAAACCGCACCUACGACUGGCGUGAUUGUAGAAGAUACAAUCAAUCAGGCCCUAGAAACAGCCUUCUUAGGAACUGUUCUGCUGGAUGUUCGGUGCCUUAGCAUCCAAUGGGAGAAUCAGAAGAGAAACAGAGAACUCCAGCCCAGUUUGGUUGCACGGCUUAAAGAUGCUUUUAAAAAUGGCAUCAAGAGAUAUGCUAUUGAAGAUCAUCUCAAAGCCACUACUACGAACGCUAGUUUCGAGCGUCUCCUUGAAAUCAACUUUCCUCUAUCUGAACAAAAAAGAGAUUCAGAGCUUGCAUACCUUCGGAGCCGCGCAGCCACUCAUUCUGGCCUAAAGAGUACUAUGCUUCAUGUGAAAACUGUCUCCCCUGCAACCCCACUUACCCUCCGAAAUGGCCAACAUAGGGUACAGGCACUGGUUGAACUUUGCGAUGAACAGAAGCAGCUCGCGGCGUCCGGUGCCUUCGAUGAUUCUGGCAACCCUAUUGGCCCACCAGGUGACGAUGAUUAUCUGUGGGCUGUGGAUCUAUACGAUAGCAGCCAAUUGAAGCCUGAUACACUCAAUGCCUUGAUUUCAAAUUGCGAUGUUGUUCGCAAAACAAAUUCAGAAGGAUAUAAUGCUCUGAAUAUCAUUACAUACAUUGAACAGUUAGAUGACGAGGAGAGAGCUGAGCGAUUAAAGGCCAGCAAUUUUAAGCAGUGGCUUAACAAUGUCUUUGGGGUGAAUCUUACAUAUACAACACGCAUGAUUACUAUCCUCAAAGACAAAACUCUCUCCAAGAUGAUCCGCCUGUAUUGUGGUACAAGAUAUGGAGAAAACUCGUUCAACUGGUCCUUGAUGGCUCGAAUCCAAGCAGGCAAGCAGACAGAGAUGUGGAAACAGGAGUUCCAGAAGUUCUUUAAGUUUUGCUCUACUAUUUUUGGGGCUAAACAUCAGAAUCUCAUUGUAUAUAAUGAUUGGAAGAUGAUCCUUGCUCUGGACCAGGGCCGUCCACUCUCCCAGCUGAGGCUUCUUUUUUUCCCCAAACGCGAGGAUUAUUGGACAGAGUUUACCAAUGGUUCUGUGCAAAGACGGAAGCAACCAUUUCCAAUCUCAAGUGACUACUCCAGCAAGCUGGAACUUCCCAAACUGGAAUCCCCCAUUGUUAUCCAGAAUCAGGAGUUUGCUAACAGACGGCCUGGGUUCCUUGUCAAUCUCUCUGAUGCGUCCUAUAAAGAUGUUUUCAGACAUCUCCAUGCCCAUCAAAAUCUCUACUGCCCCACCUGGAACAAUUGGGUUGAUCUGGAGAAAAAUGUCUCGUCAGUUGUAUCCAAGUUUCUGUUCCUGGAUGAAGAUGACUCGGCUCCUUCCUCAGAAACACCUGAGCAUAAGGCAUGGGAAUUUCUCCAGAAUCUGUGGGAACUAGUCCGCAAUGAAAACUUGUGGCAAGAUCCCAAUCUUCAGACUUUUCUGAAUGUCCCCGAAUCCACCCUAGGGGAUAAUCUUGAGAUAGAUGAAGAGAAUACCCCUAAAAAAGGUCAAAAGAUGCGGAAUGCCGAGGAAUCCCGCCAGCAAUACCUUCGUCGUUUCCAAUAUGUGCACUGGAUCCAGGUUGUAAAAUUGGUUAUUGACGCACGGCCAGAUUGUCUUCAAGGCAUUAUGAGCGAGUUCAAUGAUAUUAACCGCUUGACUGCCGCUUAUGAGCCAUACACUCCCUGGGGGGAUAUUUUCUGUAAAAUGAAUUUCUCCCAGAAUAAAAUGUUGCAGAAAACCCCAUGCCUCAAUUCAAUGGUUAUCCGCAGUGAUAUUGCUUUACAGGGAGAUAUUCUUGGCGCUAUAGUCCAUUAUCGGCAUCUGAAACAGCAAAUGAUUCUGACUUGCGAAUGGGGUUGGAAAAAACCUGCCAGGAAAAAUCCAGCUAGACCAUUGGUUUUGAUUGCUUCACCAGCUGAGUAUGAGACUGCGGUCGAGGUUCUCCAGGAACUUGCCAUGCUUCUGGCUAAGUUCGGUUAUGAAACUGAUAUCGAUAAUUGGAACGAGGAUUUGCAAUCUUUUACUAUCAAUCGUUCUAAUAGAACUGAACCUCUGCAAGAUCGUCCUGCAAAGAAAGGCUUUCUAACGGCGCGACCCCCCAAGUAUGUCAACCUGGAAGAUGAGGCCAGGGCUAUGGUGAAAGCUCUCCAGACAAGUAUUGUCAAGAAUCGACUUGAACGGCCUUUACCAGCGAAAACUUUACGUCUGCUGAAAAAAUCUUUGUCCAAUGUGGAUCUAAUCACGUCUGUGGAAGAACAACCAGUCGAGAAAAUUCUCCGUUCUGACGGUACUCUCCUUGAUGGGGACGACUAUGUUGAGUUCCGUUCGCUUAUACGAAAGCUUCACGUUAAGCUUCAAGAAAUUUUGGAUGCAGAAGAUACUGAUCAGCUCAAGAAUUGGCGCUUAGAAUAUAGGAAGGUGCAUAGUGAUUUUGACGUGGCUUGCUCUGACGAGUUAUCCGGCAAAAUUUUGGAUGACUACUCUGAUUUGGAUGAGGAUGGAGAUGGCGAGGAUGGAGAUGGCGAGGAUGGAGAUGGCGAGGAUGGAGAUGGCGAGGAUGGAGAUGGCGAGGAUGGAGAUGGCGAGGAUGGAGAUGGCGAGGAUGGAGAUGGCGAGGAUGGAGAUGGCGAGGAUGGAGAUGGUAAGGGUGGAGAUAGCAAGGAUGGAGAUGGUGAGGGUGGAGAUCAAUUUUCGCUGACCCCAAGGUGA